AAAUUUUAUAUUCAGUGUGCCUCAAAAAUUUUAAAAUAAAAAAAUUGUUUGAUUUGUAAAUAGCUGCGAAAGAUGGGAACAAGUGGAGUUCUAGUAUUUUUUGUGAAUGGAAAAAAGAUCGUGGAGGAAAAGCCAAAUCCGGAAUUAACACUCCUGACUUAUUUGCGAGAAAAUCUUCGGUUGUGUGGAACGAAGUUGGGAUGUGCUGAGGGUGGAUGUGGUGCGUGCACAGUGAUGGUGUCACGCGUGAACCGAGACACGAAGGAGGUGCAACAUUUAGCUGUUAAUGCAUGCCUGGCGCCACUUUGUUCCAUGCAUGGACUCGCUGUAACGACGGUUGAGGGAAUAGGUAGCACCAGGACACGGCUGCAUCCUGUUCAGGAGCGCAUUGCCAAAGCUCAUGGCUCCCAGUGUGGCUUCUGUACUCCUGGAAUCGUCAUGUCCAUGUACGCAACGCUGCGCAGCAUCCCGAAGCCCACAAUGGCUGAUCUGGAGACAACCUUUCAGGGAAAUCUCUGUCGCUGCACCGGAUAUCGUCCUAUCAUUGAAGGCUUUCGUACCUUCACCGUCGACGGAGGAGCUCAGAAUGGAUGUGCAAUGGGGGAGAAGUGUUGCAAAGUUGGCGGAAAUGGGGGUUGUUGUGAAGAAAGUAACAUCCUGUUUGAACCAAGUGAAUUCAUCCCGUACGAUCCCAGCCAGGAGCCCAUUUUCCCACCAGAACUCAAAUGUUCAGACAUCCUGGAUCGUCAGAGCCUCAUUUUCAGCGGUGAAAGAAUUUCCUGGUAUCGUCCCACAACGCUCCAUGAAUUGCUGGAUAUCAAGAAGAAAUUCCCCAAUGCGAAGAUCGUCGUUGGGAAUACGGAAGUUGGCGUUGAAGUUAAAUUCCGAAACUGCAAUUUCCCAAUUCUCGUUUCCACAACUGAAGUUUCUGAACUCAAUAAAAUCUCCGAAACUUCAGAAGGAUUGAAAGUUGGUGCCUCCGUGGCUUUGUCUCAAAUGGAACAAAAACUGAGGGAGUUGAUUGAGAAACAUCCUGAAGGAGAGACGAGGAUCUUUAAGGCAAUCAUCUCGAUGCUUCACUACUUUGCUGGCAAACAAAUCCGUAAUGUGGCUUCUGUUGGUGGGAACAUCAUGCACGGAAGUCCCAUUUCUGACUUGAUCCCCAUUUUUACGGCAGCUAAAGUCGAAUUGGAAGUUAUGAGUGUGAGUGGGCAGAAUAGAUCAAUUCCAAUGGAUGGGAAUUUCUUCACGGGCUAUCGACGAAAUCUUAUUCGUGCAGAUGAGAUUCUUGUGGCUCUUACUCUUCCAUUUACGCGUGAGGAGCAGCAUUUUGUGGCAUUGAAGCAAGCACGACGCAGAGAUGAUGAUAUUGCCAUCGUCAACAUUGCUGUAAAUGUGAUCUUUGAGGGGAUGAAAUCCACAAAAGUAAAAUCUCUCGAUUUGGCUUUUGGUGGAAUGGCUCCAACUGUCGUAACAGCCCCUAAAGCAUCCGCCCUAGCAAAGGGAAAGGAGUGGAAUCAGGAUCUAGUUGAAGCUGUUUGCGACACAUUGGCCAGUGAACUUCCACUGGAUCCUGGAGCACCAGGUGGGAUGAUUCUCUACCGCAGAUCUCUCACCUUGAGCCUCUUCUUCAAGGCCUUUCUCGCCAUUAGUCGCGAUCUGAAACUUGAUGUUGCUGAUGAGGAAAUUAGUGGAGCUGAUGCUUUCAAGGCUCUUCAUCCCAAAUCCACGCAGACAUUUGAGAAAGUUCCCGAUGGGCAGGAGCCGUGGAAUCCCAUCCGUCGUCCUCAAGUUCAUGCUUCGGCCUUCAAACAAGCCACCGGAGAAGCUGUCUACUGUGACGACAUGCCUCGCUUUGAGAAUGAGCUCUAUUUGGGCUUUGUCUUGAGCACUAAAUCUCACGCAAAGAUCAUCAGCAUUGAUACUGCUGAAGCUCUUGCUCUCCCGGGAGUUGUGGCUUUCUAUUCAGCUAGAGAUAUUCCAGCUGAUAGAAAUCUUAUUGGUCCUGUUUUUCACGAUGAGGAACUUUUUGUCUCUGAGACGGUUACAUCUCAAUCUCAGAUCAUUGGUGUGAUUGUUGCGGACAAUCAGAGUUUAGCUCAGCGUGCUUCUAAGCUGGUUAAAAUCGUUUAUGAGGACAUUAAACCCAUUAUUGUGACACUGGAGGAUGCAAUUGAGCAUCAAAGCUACUUUCCGGGUUAUCCAAAGGUCAUAAGGAAGGGUGAUCCGGAAAAGGCAUUGAAGGAAGCCGAUCAUGUGGUUGAGGGAGAAGUCCGGAUGGGUGGACAGGAGCACUUUUACUUGGAGACUCAAGCUUCAAUAGCUGUGCCACGGGAUAAUGAUGAACUGGAGCUUUUCUGCUCAACGCAACAUCCGUCGGAAAUUCAGAAACUCGUGGCACACACUUUGGCCAUUCCUGCUUCAAAGGUGGUCACGAGAGUUAAGCGAAUGGGUGGUGGUUUUGGUGGGAAGGAAACACGUGGAAUGCUCACAGCACUACCUGUUGCAUUUGCUUCCUAUAAACUUGGUCGUCCUGUGCGGUGUAUGUUGGAUCGGGAUGAAGAUAUGAAGAUGACGGGAACGAGGCAUCCAUUCUUCUUCAAAUACAAAGCUGGUUGCACAAAGGAGGGUCAGAUUACGGCAAUAAUCGUGUCAAUUUACAACAAUGCCGGCUAUUCGAUGGAUCUCUCCUUUUCCAUUGUCGAGAGAGCCAUGUACCACAUCCUUAAUGCUUACUACGUGCCCAAUGCUCUCGUUGAGGGGUGGGUUUGUAAGACAAAUCUCCCAUCAAAUACAGCCUUCAGGGGCUUCGGUGGACCCCAAGGGAUGUUUGUUGGGGAGCACAUCAUACGGGAUGUUGCUCGCACCGUUCACAGGGAUUACGUUGAGGUGGCUGAACUCAAUUUGAUGCGCACGGGCUUGAAAACUCACUACAAUCAGGAGGUGGAACUGUGCCAGGUGGGUCGAUGCUGGAAGGAACUCAUCUCGAGCAGUGACUUCCAAAAGCGUCGCAAAGAUGUGGAGCAAUUCAAUGCGCAGCAUCGAUGGAGGAAGCGAGGAAUAUCCAUUGUUGGCGUUCAAUUUGGGAUCUCCUUCACGACGGCUUUUCUCAAUCAAUCUGGUGCUCUGGUGCACAUCUACACCGAUGGGAGUGUCUUACUGUCGCACGGAGGCACUGAAAUGGGCCAGGGGCUCCAUACGAAGAUGAUUCAAGUUGCAGCCACAACUCUUGGCGUCCCAUUCGAACGGAUACACAUCUCAGAAACAUCCACGGAUAAAGUUCCCAAUACAUCAGCUACAGCUGCGAGUGCAGGAUCAGAUCUCAAUGGAAUGGCUGUGCUGGAGGCGUGCAAAGUUCUGCGGGAACGUCUUGAACCCUACAGGAAGGCAUAUCCCGACGAGGGAUGGAAUAAAUGGGUCUCCAGGGCUUAUAUGGAUCGUGUUGGGUUGUCUGCAACUGGCUUCUAUGCAACACCAAAUAUUGGUUACGAUUUUGCCACAAAUUCCGGACGUCCCUUCAACUACUUCACCUUUGGCGCUGGAUGCUCGGAAGUGGAGAUUGAUUGUCUCACUGGAGAUCAUCAAGUCAUCCGUACGGACAUUGUCAUGGAUUUGGGAUCGAGCAUUAAUCCAGCCAUUGAUAUUGGACAGAUUGAGGGUGCCUUCAUGCAGGGAUAUGGAUUGUUUACGCUCGAGGAGAUGGUUUAUGCUGCUGAUGGGAUGCUCCUGUCACGAGGACCCGGAGCCUACAAACUUCCGGGAUUUGCAGACAUUCCCGGAGAGUUUAAUGUCUCCCUCCUGACUGGAGCUCCCAACCCGAAGGCUGUCUAUUCCUCCAAGGCCGUCGGGGAGCCUCCACUCUUCUCCGGUGCAUCCGUUUUCUUUGCCAUCAAGGAAGCCAUUGCAGAUGCACGUCGCCAUGAGAAUCUUGAUCCGGAUUUCCCGCUCGUGAGUCCAGCUACAUCUGCUCGCAUUAGGAUGGCAUGCCAGGAUAAAUUCACUCAAAGGUUUGCUGAAGCAGAUCCCAAAACAUUCAAACCGUGGAAUGUGAUGCCCUGAUGUUGCUGCAAUUAGUUUAUGCUUAGUUGGGGAUGAGAAUUAAAUGUUAAUUAAAUGGGGAAUUUUGCAUGAAAAUUAAAACAGAUGAAUUUAUGUUUUAAAUUAUAUUUAUUAAAAAUUUAUUUACAAAUUCAAUACAA